AUGAGGAUCGCCAUUCAGUCGCCCGAGAUCGCCUCGGUCUCGCUGCACAAGAGCAUCCCAACUCAUCUCCACCUCUACGUGCUCCCCUUUCUCUCGCUCUACCCCGUCUGGGCAUAUGCCUACUUCCUCAAGUAUGACAAGUGGGUCAAGUCUGAGGAAUGGACCUUUGUCUUUACCGUUCUCCUCGUCUCUGGUCAUGCUCUCAGCUUCCUUGUCACCAAAUGGAGCAUAGCUGCCAAGGUCUUCACCACCUGCGUUACGGCCAAGGGUCUUGAAGAUGCCGAACUCGUCCGCGUCCAUCCUCUCAUGCACAAAGGCGAAGGAGCCAUCGUCUCGCUCGACCGUGUAGAGCGAACCAAUCUGCCCAUCGAGAUAUCCUUCACCUAUCAAGCCGACAAGUAUAUCCUCGCUACCCCGGACGCUUCUGCUGCACCUACAGACAUCUUUGUUUCACCGCUGAUCAAGGAGCCUACCUUCCGCCGUUUGCCGUACCCUGCCGAUGCUAAGCCCCACCUGUCUGGCUUCCAGUCCAACCGCGGCUUCAAGACCGAGAAGGACGUCGAGCUGGCGCUUGGUACCUUUGGCAAAAAUGAGCUGGAUAUCCCUAAGCCCAAGUUUGUCGACUUGUUCCUCGAACAUGCCGUGGCGCCUUUCUUUGUCUUUCAGGUGUUCUGCGUUGGUCUUUGGAUGCUUGACGAGUACUGGUACUACUCGCUGUUCACACUCUUUAUGCUCGUCGUAUUCGAGUGCACCGUCGUCUUUCAACGUCUGCGAACACUCAGCGAGUUCAGAACUAUGUCCAUUCAGCCUUACAAAAUCUGGGUCUACCGUGUCGGAAAAUGGUCAGAGAUGAUGACGUCCGACUUGCUUCCCGGCGACCUCGUGUCGAUUGACCGAUCCAAGGAGGACUCGGCAACCCCCUGUGAUUUGCUGCUUGUUGCUGGAUCGACUAUUGUCAACGAGGCCAUGCUCUCGGGUGAGAGCACUCCUCUUCUUAAGGAGAACAUCGAGCUGCGAGACGGUCAGGACAUCCUCGACGUUAACGGCGCCGACCGAAACAAUGUCGUUUUCGGUGGCACAAAGGUCCUCCAGACCACUGCCCCCGAAGCUGACAGCAGCUACGCCAAAAUGCGUGCUCCCGACAAUGGCGCGCUCGGUAUCGUCCUACGCACUGGCUUUGGUACAUCACAGGGUCAGCUUAUUCGUCUCAUGGUCUUCCAGAACGAAUCGCGUGUCACUGCAAACAACCUGGAGAGCUUCGUGUUCAUCGGUUUCCUGCUCAUCUUUGCCAUCGCUGCCAGUGGCUACGUGUGGGUCCGCGGCACCGAGAUGGAACGGCCCAAGGGCAAGCUUCUACUCGAUUGCGUCUUGAUCAUCACCUCGGUAGUACCACCUGAGCUGCCCAUGGAGCUGUCCAUGGCAGUCAAUGCUUCGCUCAUGGCCCUCGCCAAAUAUGCGAUCUUCUGCACGGAGCCUUUCCGCAUCCCUUACGCUGGUCGUGUUGAUGUCUGCUGCUUUGACAAGACCGGAACCAUUACUGGCGAAGAUCUCGAAGUGCAGGGUGUCGUCAACUGCUCGCCCGGUGGUGACUCGCCCUUGAUCCCGCUCAAGCAAGCUUCGGCCGAGACCACGCUCACUCUUGCUUCGGCUCACGCACUCGUACUCUUAGAGGACGGCCUUGUUGGCGACCCUAUGGAAAAGACGACGCUUGAGGCUAUGGACUGGAAGCUCAACAAGGGCGACAUGCUGACCCCCACCGACCCCAAAGCUGGUCCGCAUCGAUUUGGUGUUCAAAUCCGUCGUCGAUUUCAGUUUUCGUCUGCACUCAAGCGUAUGUCGACCGUCAAUCAUGUCAUCGACCAGACCGGCAACCGUCGCAUCAUGUUUGCUGUCAAGGGCGCACCCGAGACGCUCAAGGCCAUGUUUGCACAGCUCCCUGUCCACUACGACGAGACUUACAAGGGCUUUACACGCCGUGGAUCGCGCGUACUGGCGCUCGGAUACCGCUUCGUUGACAAUAUUUCGGCCAACGAUACCAACGCCAUCAACGGCCUUCAGAGAGAUCAAGUCGAGGCCGACCUCAAGUUUGCUGGCUUCCUCGUAUUCCACUGCCCGCUCAAGCCCGAUGCUGUCGAAUCGCUCAAGCAGCUCAACGACUCUUCGCACCGCUGCAUCAUGAUCACCGGUGACAACCCGUUGACCGCUGUGCACGUUGCUACUCAGGUCGAGAUCGUGGACCGUCAGACGCUGAUCUUGGACGUUCGUGAAGGUGGCAACUCGGAGCAGGACCUGGUCUGGCGAUCAGUAGACGAAGAGGUCAUCAUCCCCGUCAAGGCAUCCGAUAGCAUCGACACCACGCUAUUUGACAAAUACGACAUCUGCAUCACGGGUGUCGCAAUGAAGCAGUACCAGGACAACGCGGUAUCCUGGAACCAGCUGGUGCAAAACACGUGGGUCUAUGCACGUGUCUCUCCGUCGCAAAAGGAGUUUAUCCUGAACUCGCUCAAAUCGCUCGGCUACAUUACGCUUAUGGCCGGUGACGGAACCAACGACGUCGGCGCGCUGAAAGCGGCCAACAUCGGUGUUGCGCUGCUCGAUGGAACGCCCGAGGACCUAGCCAAGAUUGCUGAGCAUCAAAAGAUGGAGCGAAUGAAAAAGGUGUACGAAUCGCAACUCUCGCUCACUGCUCGCUUUGGUCAAGCUCCUCCUCCCGUACCACCCAUGCUCAAAGAAAAGUUCCCGGAACUCGAAAAGGCACGCGACGAUGCGCUGGCAAAGAUGAACACGGCACGAACCACGGAUCGCACUGCCAAGUUUGAUUUGUCGGCCAUCACUUCGAGCAUGGCGGAUGCUGAUUUGGACGACGGACCGCCUCAGAUUCGUCUGGGAGACGCAUCGGUUGCUGCUCCGUUCACGUCCAAGUUGUCCAAUGUGUCUUCGAUCAUCGCUAUUAUCCGACAGGGACGAUGUACGCUGGUAGCAACGAUUCAGAUGUACAAGAUCCUAGCGCUCAACUGUCUGAUCCAGGCCUACUCGCUGUCCGUGCUUUAUUUGGACGGUAUCAAAUUCGGCGACUAUCAAGUGACCAUCUCGGGAAUGCUCGCUUCGGUUUGCUUCCUAUGCAUUUCUCGUGGUCAACCUAUUGACAAGCUGUCGAAAGAACGGCCGGUAGCCAACAUUCUGAAUGCAUAUGUGUUUGGUUCGAUCCUCACUCAAACCGCAUUGCACAUUGCUUCCAUGUACUACAUCCAGACGUUGUCGAUGGCGUACGAGUCGGCCGACGAUAUUAUCGAUCUGGAAGCCAAGUUUGCGCCGUCACUGCUCAACACGGGCGUGUACCUUUUGGGUCUUUCGCAAACCAUCUCGACGUUUGCGGUCAACUACAUCGGACGUCCAUGGCGCGAGUCGAUUCGCGAAAACAAGUAUCUUUAUUACGGACUGGUUAGUGUGGGUGGAAUUGCGAUUGCCGGUGCGACCGAGUUCGUCCCCGAGUUGAACGAGUGGUUGCAACUCGUCAAGAUGCACAGUGGCUACCAGAUCAGACUGGUGGCUGCCAUGGCGAUCGACUUUCUGGGGAGCUAUGCGCUCGAGAGCUUUUGGAGUCUGUUCGCUGACGUCAAGCCUAAACCGCUCGUUACCAAGGGUCAGCACAGGAGACAGGAAAGAAGGAAGACCGAGUUGGCUCAAAAGCGUAUUGCCGACGAGUCGGCCGCCAGCGAAAAGAAGGCCUUAUAG